AUGUCGUUCGAGGGCCAUCAAUCCGUGGACGUUUUAAUUGAGGCGAUCGAAAAGAUGGAAGGAAAGGAGACGCUUACUUCAUUGUCAAUGAUUUCCAAUAACGUGAGCUUACCUCCAGCAGGUAGCAGUGGACUUUUCGAGCAGACAUUCCCAUUACUGGAAUACCUCUACAUCAACAACAACCAAAUAACUCGACUCAAUGAUGGUGGAUUUUCAGACCUGAAUCGCCUGAGGUACCUCGAGUUAAAAAAUAAUGGAUUAACCGAGCUCGAAACUGGAGCGUUUACUUACCUGCCCUCGCUUUUCCAUCUCAAUCUGUCGGACAAUAAGUUGGAGGUCCUGCAAAAUAGAGUGUUUGAGGGAUUGGAGCGUUUAGGAGUUCUAAUCCUAAAUAAUAACGAAAUAAAGGAGGUUGAAGGUGAAGUUUUCCGCAACUUACACGGCCUGGUCAACUUAGAGUUGGCUAAUAACCAAAUUGAGGCGCUGAACGAUGGGGUCUUUCAAGAUUUGGAGAAUUUGGCUCAUUUGGUGCUAAGGUAUAACAAGCUACAACGGUUGGAUACCUCACUAGUGGCUCCAUUAAAGAAACUGAUUCACUUGGACAUGUCCCACAACCAAAUCUCCAAGAUUCCGGAGAAUUUUCUGUGCGAUCGACUGAUUGAUGGAUACCGUGUGAGUUUUUCACACAACCAGAUUGCAGAAAUUGGAACCUGCGCGUUUAGAGGUUUGGUGAUACGUGAUGGGGAGCUGGAUUUGGGCCACAAUCAACUGAAGGUGUUAAAAGCGGGUUCACUCUCGAAGGUGGAGGCGAACAAGGUCAUUCUCUCUCACAAUUCUACUGAAACCAUUGAAAACGGGGCAUUUGAAGACUGUGCUUGCACCGAGCUACACUUGGACAACAACAAUUUGGCUGAAAUCACGGGUCAGCAACUAAAAGGUCUGAAAGUCAAUAGACAUCUGCGCCUAUCCCGCAAUCGCAUAGUAAGCUUCGAAGGAGCAUUCGUAAAUUGCUGCACUUUAGGAAGGCUGGAUUUGGAUUACAACCAGAUUGACCACCUACCAAAUUCAUGUUUCGAUGGUUUGGAAAACCUGAUCCUACUUUUGUUAAACCAUAACUCCAUCAAAACCAUACAGGAAAAUAGCUUUUCUGGUCUGCCCAAGCUUUACACAAUAUUUCUGAUCAAAAAUCAAAUACAAACGCUCCACCCGCGGUGCUUACGCCCGCUGGAAAAUCUAGAAGAGCUACUAUUGUGCGCAAAUAAAAUAAGCGCGUUGCCAGACGGACUGUUCGACGGAAACACGCGCAUGCACGACCUGAACUUGCACGACAACCACCUUACGGAAGUGCCACCGCUCUUCGGUGGCAUUGCAACGUUAAGAAAGCUCAACUUGGGCUUCAACAAAAUAAGUGAAGUUCCGAAGAACAGCUUCGCCGCCGGAACCGAUCGCAAAGCACUCUCAAUGUUGAAUCUCGCUGGUAACGCGAACAUUAAACUCGACCCUGGGGCGUUCGAGGGCCUCGAUUACGUCAAAUACCUCGUGCUAUCUUCGAUCAACGUUAAAGAUGUGGCUCCGGAUACGUUCAGGGGUUUGGGUAGCGUACAUAGGCUUGAGCUGGACGGAAAUCUUAUCGCAUCUCCUGAGACCUUAAGGGGUUUACCGCCGACGAAAGUUGUACUUCUGGAAAAUAACCCACUGGAAGCUGCCGACUUGAAAUUUGACAGAUUAGGGCUGGAUCAUAUUGACGUUAUUUCGUUUGAGAAGAUAUCCUAUCAAAGGGGUGCGGACAAAUGGAGCUUGGUAGACAAACGCAUUGAAGAUGUUGAUGAGACCUACGAUUGGUGUCCAGAAGAAGAAGGUGAAAAUCAAUAA